GCGGAGCCCGCGACAGACGAACCACCUGCAGAAGACAACCGUGCGCUCAUUCUACGCGAACGCCUGCCUCCGACAUGUCUCGGAUAUAACGACGGAGUAACUGCUCUUUACGACGAGGAAUAUUCUCUUUACAACGCGGAUGAGGGAACAUUUACGUGGAAAUGCAACAGAUAAAGAAUAUAUCGCUUUUUCUACACGCGCUUUUAUGGGGAUUAGCACUUGGGGGCUCUCCCAGUGUUCAAAUAGGAGGUUUGUUUCCGAGGGGAGCCGAUCAAGAGUACAGUGCAUUUCGGAUAGGAAUGGUUCAGUUUGGCACGUCUGAGUUCAGACUGACGCCUCAUAUCGACAAUCUCGAAGUGGCAAACAGUUUCGCCGUAACUAACUGCUUCUGCUCGCAGUUCUCCAGAGGAGUCUACGCCAUUUUUGGAUUCUAUGAUAAGAAGUCGGUGAACACGAUAACUUCAUUCUGUGGGACCCUGCAUGUCUCCUUCAUCACCCCGAGCUUCCCGCUGGACAGCAUGCAGCAGUUCAUCCUCCAGAUGAGGCCUGACAUUAAAGGACCCCUCCUCAGUCUCAUCGAGUACUACAAGUGGGACAAAUUUGCUUACCUGUAUGACAGCGAUCGAGGGUUGACCACCCUGCAGGUGGUACUGGACACGGCAGCGGAGAGGAAGUGGCAGGUGACUGCCAUUAAUGUGGGCAACAUGAAGGACGAGCGCAAGGACGAGGCGUACCGCUCGCUCUUCCAGGACCUGGAGAACAAGAAGGAGAGGAGAGUCAUCCUGGACUGUGAACAGGACAAGGUCAAGGACAUCAUGGAGCAGAUCAUCACUAUCGGAAGGCACGUGAAAGGAUAUCACUACAUCAUAGCCAACCUGGGCUUUGUGGAUGGUGACCUGUCUAAAAUCCAGUACGGGGGAGCCAACGUGUCAGGCUUCCAGAUUGUGGAUUUUGAAGAUGCUCUGGUGGCUAAAUUUGACCAGCGGUGGGAAGCGCUUGAGGAGAAGGAGUACCCUGGAGCUGACAGCAAGAUAAGGUAUACCUCGGCGCUGACCUACGACGCUGUGCAGGUGAUGACCAAGGCAUUCCAGAACCUGCACAAGCAGCGGAUUGACAUCUCCCGCAGGGCCAACAACGGCGACUGCCUGGCCAAUCCCGCCGUUCCAUGGGCGCAGGGCGUGGAAAUCGAGCGCGCUCUCAAACAGGUUCAAGUCGAAGGUUUGACUGGCAACAUUCAGUUCGACCAGUAUGGGAGGAGAGUGAAUUACACGGUGCAUGUGAUGGAGCUUAAAAACAGCGGCCCCGUUAAGAUUGGCUACUGGAAUGAAGUCGAUAAGAUGGCAGUUACAAAAUCAGACCUCUUCACUAAUGAAACAACGGGUCUGGAGAACAAGACUGUGAUAGUGACAACUAUUCUGGAAGCACCGUAUGUGAUGCUGAAGAAGAAUGCUGACCUCUUUCUGGAUAAUGAGAGAUACGAGGGCUAUUGUGUCGAUCUGGCGGCUGAAAUUGCCAAACACUGUGGCUUCAAAUAUCGCCUGAAAAUAGUGGGGGAUGGCAAAUAUGGUGCUAGGGAUGCAGAGACGAAGAUUUGGAACGGAAUGGUCGGAGAAUUAGUUUACGGGAAAGCUGAUAUUGCUGUGGCUCCACUGACCAUCACUUUGGUCCGAGAAGAGGUGAUCGACUUCUCCAAGCCCUUCAUGAGCCUGGGCAUCUCCAUCAUGAUCAAGAAGCCCCAGAAGUCCAAGCCGGGCGUGUUCUCCUUCCUGGACCCGCUGGCCUACGAGAUCUGGAUGUGCAUCGUGUUCGCCUACAUCGGCGUGAGCGUGGUGCUAUUCCUGGUCAGCCGCUUCAGCCCUUACGAGUGGCACACAGAGGAGUAUGAAGAUGGCCAGAUCCAGACCAAUGAGUCGACCAACGAGUUUGGGAUAUUCAACAGCCUGUGGUUCUCUCUCGGAGCCUUUAUGAGACAAGGCUGCGAUAUAUCACCAAGGUCUCUCUCCGGGCGCAUAGUUGGCGGAGUGUGGUGGUUCUUCACCCUCAUCAUCAUCUCGUCCUACACGGCGAACCUGGCUGCCUUUCUCACAGUGGAGAGGAUGGUGUCGCCCAUCGAGAGUGCAGAGGACCUGGCCAAGCAAACAGAGAUUGCUUACGGAACAUUAGACUCCGGCUCAACCAAAGAGUUUUUCAGGCGCUCUAAAAUCGCCCUCUUUGACAAAAUGUGGACGUACAUGCGGAGUGCGGAGCCGUCUGUGUUCGUCAAGACGACGGCGGAGGGCGUGCUGCGUGUGCGCAAGUCGAAGGGAAAGUAUGCCUACCUGCUGGAGUCCACCAUGAACGAGUACAUCGAGCAGCGCAAGCCCUGUGACACCAUGAAGGUCGGAGGCAACCUGGACUCCAAGGGCUACGGCAUCGCCACCCCCAAAGGAUCCUCAUUAAGAAAUGCGGUUAACCUCGCAGUACUAAAACUGAAUGAACAAGGCCUGUUGGACAAAUUGAA